AUGCCUCCCUCACCACCCACUGCUUCAGAGUGGCCGCUUUACUUCUCUGCCACUGCGUCCAUAAAUGCUCCAAGAGAGAAGGUGUGGGACACUCUUUUGGACUUCUCGUCCUAUCAUUCAUGGAACCCGCAUAUUCGCUCCGCGAGUCCUCUAGAUUCAAACAAGAAGCCCCUCGCCCCCUCUGUCCCCCUCUCAGAAGGUCACUACCUUUUUCUCAAAACCCACAUACCCGCCAGUAUGGACGACUCUAUCAAGACUACGGACAUGACUGAACACAUCAAGUAUGUAGACCGUGAGAUGUUCAUGCUUGCGUGGGGAUCUGAGGGUAGCGGUGUCAUGUUCGGUGCAGAACAGUGGCAUAUGCUGACGGAGGAGGAUGGACAGACAAAGUACGAAGUUGUGGCGGUCAUGAAAGGUUUAGUGGCGCACGGGGUUAAAAGAGUCAUGAAACAAACUGCUCGUGAUUUGGAGUCCUCUAUUCAAGACAUGGCGACGAGUCUUCAGCGUGUUUGUGAAUAGAUAAUCCUAGCGUUGUGCCACGUACCUACAUAUAACUUGGCACUCAUCUUUCCUUUGACUUGACAAUCCACCCCCUUG